GCCAAGCUCUGGUACGACUCGCGAACGCUGAAGCUGAUCGUGACGCUGCUCUGCGCCGCGGAUCUGGUGCCACGCGAGUCCGGCCACCUCCGUAACCCGUACGCCAAGGUGUUCCUGCUGCCGGAUCGCAGUGAGAAGUCCAAGCGGCGCACCAAGACGUUGGCCAACACGCUCGAGCCGCGCUGGGGCCAGUCGCUGAUCUAUUCGACCAUCCGGCGCUCGGAACUGCGCGCACGCCACCUGGAGGUCACCGUCUGGGACUACGACCGGUUCGGCGUGAAUGACUUCUUGGGCGAGGUGCUGGUGGAGCUAGCCACCCACCCGCUGCACGACGAGCCAGAGUGGUUCCCGCUCACCAUCCCCGAGGACUUUAACCUGCACACGCGGCACGGAAUGUACAUAGACUUUGACCGGGCGUCGACGACGGCCUCCGCGGAUCACCUGUCGCCGCCCAGCACGACGUCGCGCCUCUCCGAGUCGGACACGUCGGACGCGGACGCCGAGGACGGCCGACGCGGCGCCGGCGCCGACAGCAGCUCGUGCAGCCCGCCCGUGUCGGAGCGCGGCGAGCGACGCGCCCGGCGUGACUUCAGCGCCGCCGGCGGCCACCGCUCCCGCUCUGGCACCGUCGUCACGCGCGACGAGAUGCUCUACCACCGCGGCGCCGGCCGACAGGAGCCGCUGCCGUACGGUGACCCGGGCCGCAGCCGCUCCCACUCGGCGGCGCCCUACACCAGCACGGACAAGCCGGACCGGGAGCGCAGCACCUCCCCGGCCAAACGGAUGGGAGGCAGGCCGUACCAGCUGGGACCGUCGCCUCAGGGCACACCCGACACGCCCAGCGGCAGCCCGAAGAAGCGCCAGUUGCCGCAGAUCCCCACCGCCGGCAGGGCGUUCGCCAGGGAUCACCUGCCCCAGGACGUGGAGCAACGGGCACGCCAGCUGCUGCGGCUGCAGCAGACGGGCAGCCGGCGUCCGGUCGGCCGCCAGUACGGCAACCAUAGCGACUCGGAGCUGGCCGAGCCGGUGACGGAGCGGCCGGCGCGCCGCUCGCUCAGCCGCGGCGGCAGCCUCUUCUCGCCGGAGAUGGAGGCUGACAGCGCUAGCGACCUGGAGAGCGUCACCAGUGCCUUCAGCAGCCAGAGCGAGCAGCCCUUCGGAACGCGCAAGAGCAGGUUGGCUCACACCGCUUGGCAGCAUUCUUCCUUUUCUUCGCACGCCCCGUCCAACCUCCCGCCGCCGUCUAACCACACGGUGGGCCGUUACCCCCGCGGCAGGUCGCUCGACGGCGCCCGCCGCCUCCCCGCCCACGGUCCAGAGCGGCUUGCCGCCGAGCCCGGCGCCGAGCGUGAGCCGGCAAAGCCGCCCUUGCCGAAGCAGAACUCGGACGACUUCGGUGACGCCUUCAAGGACGACGACCUGUUCGACCUGUCCGACUUCAUCGCCGCCGACGACGUGGACAGCGGUGGUAACGAUGUUUCCCCUUCCCCUAGCGACCGUGGCGGCGGCGGCUCCAAGCGGGGCACGCUGGGACGCAGCGCGUCGGCCGACGUGCCCGAAAAGACAGAGAGUCUGAGUGAUACUGCCGUGAACCGAGGUGACCUCUUGCCCCCCGGCAAAACCGGGGGCGCCGGCGGCAUGGGGAAGAAGAGCAGCUCUACGUCCCAGCUUUCUACCGCAGGGCGCAAGAAGCGGCUAAAGUUCGGCUCGCGCGGCAAGAACUCGUUCACGGUGCACCGCAGCGAGGAGGUGGUGCACCUGGUGAACAAGCAGCUGAGCUCGCAGAGCUCGGACGGCGAGCUGGAGGAGCUCUCGGACAGGUCGGACGUCAGCACCGAUGUGAGUAGAAAGCGUAGCGCUAGUGGCAUUCAGAGGUCGCACGAGGUGGUGCCGGCGCCGGGCGCGGCGGCGGCGCCCGGCGGACGUCUGGUCAGGCAGAGAUCACGUGACUCGGACGCCAGCAACUCGGCCAGUAGCGAUGGCGGCAGCCUGGUGCCGGGCAUGCGGGUGCCCGAGGGGCAUAUAGCCGACUUCAUAGAGGGCCUCGGACCUGGUCAGCUGGUCGGCCGCCAAAUGCUGGCCAGCCCGUCGCUGGGCGACAUCCAGCUCUCCAUGUGCGACCGCAAGGGCAACCUGGAGGUGGAGGUGAUCCGCGCCCGAGGCCUGCAGUCCAAGCCGGGCUCCCGAAUUCUUCCAGCUCCUUACGUAAAGGUGUACCUGGUGGACGGCAAAAGGUGUUUGUCCAAGGCCAAAACGACGACGGCGCGCCGGACGCUGGACCCGCUCUACCAGCAGACUCUGGUCUUCACCGAGAAGUACACGGGAUGCGUGCUGCAGGUGACCGUGUGGGGCGAUUACGGACGCAUGGAGGGUAAGAAGAUCUUCAUGGGCGUGGCACAGAUCAUGCUGGAUGACCUGGACCUGUCCAAUAUCGCGAUAGGCUGGUACAAACUGUUCGCCACCAGCUCGCUGGUCAGUGUUCCAGCGCCGGCGCCGAAGGCUUCCGAGCCGGCCUUCAGCUAA